GUAUAUUAUCUGUUUGUCGACAGAAAGUGGUUUCUUUUUCAUUCAUUAUCUAGGAAGUUUCCUCUGACAUCUAAGAUGAUUAAUCAUUCUAUAAAUAAGGGGGAUGGGAUUCUCCCUUAAUUUCCUCUGAUCCAGCAAUUGCAACGGAAUGGAGAAGGUGGGCGAUUCUCACUCGUCUUCAGAUCCCGUUUCGCCAACUAGUAACGAGAUGAUGAAGGCUAAGUCUCCAGAAAUGCGUUUGGAAAAGAUAAAAGGCGUCAUAGAAAAGCUUCAAGCCUCGGGUGAAGAUAUCGACCUACACUAUUACAAUGGGACGGUGAUGGUCGAGGGUCACUUUGAUCUUGAGAAGUUACCAAAUGAGGCCGGCGAUGCGAUCAAUUCAAUUAGAUACCCUCUAACAGUACCUAACUCCGGCAGGGUACCUAUGAUGGGAGUUCCCGAAUUUCCUUAUCGUUAUAUUCAAAUUCUCUACAGUGAAAAUGAAAACCGAGAGAAAAAAGAAUACAAAGAGAAAAAAGAAGAAUCGAAGUGCUGCUGGUAAAGGUGAAGUUAGAAAUAAAAUAAAUAUUUAAAAUUGAUUAACAUUAAAAUUUAUGUACGAAGUGACUUUUUUUUUUUUAGUGUACUAUGAGCCUGAGAUGGGAGACGCUAGAGGUUCCGGGUUUCAUGCUAGUUGCUGAUGGUUGUAGUUCUGGACCACGGUAAAAAAAACCAAAAAACAAUGGAGUCCAAUAAAAGUAAUCGGUAUUGUUGCUGGUAUGUUUGUGUAUCAAAGUCAGCAUUGCUUUUUUUUUUUCUUAAGUAUUUGUAUGUUUGCGUGUCAAAGUCACAAUUAUAAUAA